ACAGAAGGAGGGGUGGGGGCUUUAUUUGUCUAUGCCCUGAGGCCCAUUUUCUCUUAGCCAGUCCAUGUGUUUAUGCUACUAAACGUACGUCAAUCUAAUGGUAACAGUUCCGCGUGCACCCGCGGGUCACCUCAGUGAACGAAGCAGGGCCGCGCGCUCGCAGAAAUCCCUCGCGCCGGCUUGCUGUCCUAACGGUAACUCUCGCGUCACUCAUGCACCCAAAAAGGACGGCUGCGGAGGAGGAGGAGGAGGAGGACGGGACUGCGGUUCAGGUGCACCGCUGUGACUAAAAGACAGUGAUGAUAAAGCUACAGAGGAGAGAGAGAUGAACCCACAGGAAGGACAUCGCCUUGGUGUGUGGACAACAGUUUAUCUGUUCAAUCGCCAUCGUUUUAUCGUGAUGGGUUUCCUUCAGGAGCGACCUGCCGCCUCAGGUAGUUUCACCAAAACAGCAUGCAACUUGACAAACUACAUCCACUUCAAAGAUCAGGAUGGACACUAAUACAGUGACGUUUUGCAAGUUUUUGAUGCCUGUUCUGAGAACUCUCUAACUGUUGGAACAUAAACAUUACACAGUUAGAGGAUUUGUUACAUAGCUGUUAUUACUGACACGCCUGUGCUGCAGGAAAAACAAUGGAGACAGAAGAGGGGGAGGAUGUAUCACAAAAACCCAGAGCCAAUUUAAAGGCAGAGACAGAGGAAGAUGUGACCUCUGGCCACACAUGUGGAGUGUGUGGCCGUAGCUUUCCUCUUCUCAGUUCGCUGUCCCAGCACAUGAGAAGACACACAAGAGAGAAGCCUUACAAUUGUCCAUACUGUGAGCACAGGACGGCUCAGAAGGGCAGUCUGAAGGCCCACAUCCGAAGCCAUAAACUGGGUUUACUAAGCCAUAACUUCAGUGACAAGGAAUUGGAUGGAGAUCAAGAACAGAAAGAUAAUGGUGACACACCCAACCCUUCUGAAAUCAUCAGCACAUCUGACAAAUCUCAUGUCAAUGGGAAGGUGAAGAAGAAAGAAACCAAGAGAAAAGUUAAAGGUAAAGAUGGUGCUGAGGUCAGUGAUGGGACUGAUGCUGGGUCUUUUUGCUGCACCAUUUGUGGGCAGAUUUUCCCUCAGGUAUCCCUCCUUAAAUCCCACAUGAAAAGGCACCGAAGUUCCCAGGAUCAUGGUUGCCGAAUUUGUGGACGCCGCUUCCGCCAGGCAUGGUUCCUCCAAAGUCAUAUGCGCAUUCACCGGGUCAGAAGCCAGCUAAGGGGUAAUGAGCCGCCUGCCACCAUCAAUGAGGUUCCUCAGGACCCAGCGUCACUGAUAAAUGAAGAGUGCCUCUAUGAGCUGUGUGCUGGCUGUGGUAACUUCUUUUCUGACUGCAAGACUUUGCGAAUACACGAAAAGCUACAUAAACUGAACUACAGCCGCAGCCAGACACAAAAUCCAGCACAAGAAGACUAUGACACCUCUGAAAUGCACAAUGCUAAGAGACAUUUUUUGGAAACCCUGAACCUCAUGUGUGCCGGACCUAAGAAAACGCCUGAAGAAAAGAGCCAGAGUAAGCGAAUUCCAGAACUAGAUCCAAUUUGUAGUUAUCAAGCAUGGCAGUUGGCCACAAGGGGGCGACUAGUGGAAGCUAGUGAGAAAUGUCUGGGAUGGGAGGAGAGACUGGCUGAUGCUGAGGUAGCAUAUGACAUGGAGAAGGGUGAGUAUAUACCCCUGAAGCAAGAGAAGAAGAGAAAGCAAAUCGACACCUCCAGCUCUAACAUUAAGAAGAAGAAAGGUGAUACAGGUCUUGAUCGCACAUUAAACAUUUCGGCUCACAGUAAAGGUGGUAACAAGAGGAUUUGCCAUAAGGAUCGUAUUCUGUUGAAUGGACUUGGCCAUGCGUUUUACGAGGCGCUACAAACUAAGCAGGUCAGAGAUGUUCAUGUCUCACCUAAACAGACCGAUAGCAUCAGGAACCAAGAACAGGAGGAUAAGAAGCCAUACUUCUGCGAGCACUGUGAUUUCCACACUGUUGACGCCUCACUACUCAGGUCUCACCUGCACAUGCGCCACCGGGAUAUCCUGAGUCUCCACAGCAAACACAGCACCAUUCUGGACAACGUAAACCAAAGUGGUUCCAAAGCCUCAAGAUACAUGGACUACCUCGGAAACAGGAGUGCGGUGCUCAGUCAGCCAUACUGGAAUCCUUACAAAUGUCCGCCUGGUCACAGGUCAGAAGAGUCCAAAAUUAACAGAGAAAGGUCAAAUGGUAGUGAGGUCAAAGGGCAGGGACAUACUACUAAUGAUGCUGGUAGUCUUCUCAAUUUGUCUACAUUACCCUUAUGUGAAGGAGAUGGCACUGUUAAUAAUCCAGUAAAAACAGAGGGCCUGGUGAGACAUCACUGCCCAUACUGCUCCCACACGACCAACUACCCUGAAGUACUGUGGAUCCAUCAGCGGGUUUCCCAUAGAGUGGAUGGCAGUAGCUCUGUGGCACCUAAGUGGGCACCCUGCACUACCAAUCUCAAGAAUUUGAAAGGAGGUGUUUCCCAGUGGAGACGCACAGGGGCACCACCAUUCCUUGAAGGCAAGGACUGUCCUGCUUUACCCACUCCAAGGAUUCAACGCACACAGCCUCGC